UCGUGCCGCGCGGGAGCAGGAAAGCGUGUGCAGAAGCAGCUCGCGAACAGGACCGUACAGUGUGUUGUCAAGAAAAUGGCACGGGACUUCAAACCAGGUGACCUGAUUUUUGCCAAGAUGAAGGGAUAUCCCCACUGGCCUGCCAGAAUUGAUGAAGUUCCAGAUGGAGCUGUAAAACCUUCCAACAUAAAGUUCCCAAUCUUCUUCUUUGGAACCCACGAAACAGCAUUCCUGGGGCCCAAAGAUAUCUUCCCCUACCUGCCCAACAAGGACAGGUAUGCCAGGCCCAACAAGAGGAAGGGCUUCAACGAGGGGCUCUGGGAGAUCGAGAACAACCCCCAAGUGGAGCUCAACGGACCCAAGAUGAUGCCGUCUGACUCGAUGACAGAGCAGGAUUCUGACAGCAAUCCAGAACUGGACGAGGAUGGAGAUAAGAAGAAAUCUAAAGGUUCGAGCGGGGAGGCAGAGCGAGAUAAUGAGGAGGAGGAAAUGGAGGAGGAAGUUGUCAUGGAGGUCUCUGAACCCGGGCCUCAGGGCCAGGAUAGUGAAGCCGACCAGGACUCAGACAAAGAGGAUGCACCCGCCAGCCCUUCAGGUAAGCGCAGAGGGAGGAAGCCCAAGACUGACAAGAUGACCUCACUGCAGGAUCUCCACGGCUCAGGAAGUGAUAUGGAGUCUGCGGAGUCUGACAGGAAGAGGAAGCGCGCGGCGGACGAGCGGUCCAGGAGAGGGGAAGAAGAGAGGAGGAGGAGGAGGGAUGAGGGCAGAGCCAGGGAUGAGGGCAAGGAGCCAGACGCUAAGAGGAAGAGACAGACCAAGGAGGAGAGCUCGUCCGAGGAUGACGAGGUCAGAGGUCGCAGGCGGCAGCACAACACGGAGGAGAAAGACGAGGGGAGGAGACGCAAGCAGGACGAGGGGAGAGAACCAGGCAAAGAUGAAGGGAAGAAAGGAGACGGAGAGAGGAAAGACAAGAAAAAAGAAAUACCCACCGAAUCACGGCUGCAGAGGUUGCAUGGAGAAAUCAAAAUCUCUCUGAAGAUUGACAACCCGGAUGUGAACAAGUGUCUUGCAGCGCUGGAUGAGUUAGGCUCUCUGCAGCUGAACACACAGCACCUGCAGAAGCACAGCGAGCUCAUCGCCACCCUCAAGAAGAUCCGGCGGUUCAAGGCUAGCCAGGAUGUGAUGGACAAGGCCAGCAUGCUGUAUAACAAGUUCAAGAGCAUGUUCCUGGUGGGGGAGGGAGAGCAGGCGCUGGCCCAGGUGCUCUGCAGGUCCACCAGCGAACAGAAGCAGUACGAGGAGGCCAAGAAGGGAGCCCUGAGGAGGGCAGAGCUGGCCAGGGAAGGAGAUAACAAGAUGACUAACGGGGACACGUGUCCAGAUGAUGAGAAGCAGGAGGCAGACACACCUGCAGACCCCUCCCCAGGAGACAGUGCUGCUGCUGUCCAGCAGGAGGGGAUCUGAAGACACCAGGCGUGGCUUCGCUGCUGCGCUGGAGAGAUCUGGCUCCGCUGCUCGCUGGAAACUUUUCAAAUACUUUAUCUAGGUUUGAUUGAGGCUGCCUGGCAUCAUCGGAAUGCUCCCCAAUGCUGCAGGAUUCCAUCUGGAGUCAGAGCAAGUCCAGGAUUCCAUCUGGAGUCAGAGGCAGUCCAGGAUUCCAUCUGGAGUCAGAGGCAGUCCAGGAUUCCAUCUGGAGUCAGAGGCAAUCCAGGCCAUCUCAAGCUUCUGGGAAAGUAUUUAAAUGGAUUUUGAACACAGCUGUGACUGGAGAUCUGGUGUUUUUGCGCCCAACUGACUGUUAGAAUAACGACUUCCUGGAUUCAUUAGUAGAGGGUCAAGGUUGGAGUUUCUGUGUGUUGUUUCUAAGCAGAAGCCCCACCUCUCAACGUGAGGAGUGUAGUGUAGGCUUGGCUCCACAGACAGCACUGCUCAAGCCUGGGAUCCCAAGUUUACACCACUGCCUCUUGGUUACACAACCUCCAAUCCCUCAAGAUUUAGAGUGGAUCUCUAGAGCAACAUGUAUAUUAGAUGUAGAUUUUGUUUGUUUCUUUAUUUAGUGUCCACUAAAGGAUCUUAAAACGCACAUUUUGUAAUCGGUUGGAUUACAGUUCUAUCAUAUCUUUAGUUUCGUCUCGUUUUUACCUCAGACACCUGUUUUGAGUUAGUGAAACUAGAUAUGCUUAGUUUCUCAUUUGCAUUCUAAUCCAUACUGACAUUUCUUUGACUAGAUGCACAUACUUCUAAUCCACUGUUGCACAUAAAGGAUAUUCUACUCUUCUAGGUUUGCCAAAGUUUAUUCUGCCAAGAAAGUGCUUUUUUUUCUUGAACUUUUGUCUUUUAAAGUUGUCCGUUCUUGUAAAUAUGAACAUGUUCAUUUGUGUCUUAAAACCUCUUGUAUCUGGGUCCAUUAAAUAAAGCAGUGGUUCAGAUA